GAAGUCAUAAGGGCCCAAGGAACAGAGAGGCCCAGCUGCAGUUCUCUCCUUCCGAAUCCAAACCACGCCGUCGUUCGUUUUCUCCGUUUGUUUUCUUUCCUUUUCCCCUCAACUCGGGAGCACACUGGGUUUACUGGUUUAGGGUUGAAGCCACAAAGAGUAAGAAGAAACACAAUAAUCAACGAGAAGAGGGAAACCAUGGAUGAAACCAAGAAGGAGAAUGGCAGCGAUAAGCAGCGGGAAGUUGCUCCUUCUACCGCGCUUGGUUACCUGGAACCUCACUACUGGGAUGAUAGAUUCUCCAGUGAAGAACACUACGAGUGGCUCAAAGAUUAUUCUCAUUUCCGCCAUCUCGUUCUUGCCCACAUCCCUCCCAACUCCUCUGUUCUCGAGCUUGGUUGCGGGAACUCGCAGCUGUCUGAUGAAAUGUACAGGGAUGGGAUUAAGGACCUAACCUGCACUGAUUUGUCCCCUGUGGCUGUUGACAGAAUGCAAAGGCGGUUACUUUCCAAGGGAUAUAAAGAAAUUAAAGUGAUGCAAGCUGACAUGCUAGAUCUUCCAUUUCGGGAUGAGUCGUUUGAUGUGGUUAUCGAGAAAGGGACCAUGUUCAUUUUUGAAGGAUGUGUUGUUCGUCAACAGUGGUGAUCCGUGGAAUCCGAAGCCUGAGUCUGUAAACAAGGUCAGGACAAUGCUUGAAGGCGUGCACAGGGUUCUCAAACCAGAUGGGAUCUUCAUAUCAAUAGCUUUCGGGCAGCCACAUUUCAGGCGGCCUUUGUUUCUUUCUCCAGGAUUGACAUGGUCUUUUGAGUAUAGCACUUUCGGGGAUGGGUUCCAUUAUUUCUUCUACGUCAUGAGGAAGGGUAAAAGAUCGUUGGAGGAUGAAGAAUCUGGCAAGAAGAUGGAGGUGCCCUCCAUUUGUCUACUUCAAGAAGAACUGGAGGGAGAAGACUAUAUUUUUCGCACCAGUAUUGGCGACGAUCCAUCGGACUGAUUCUGUGUACUGUUUUGAGUUUGACUGUCCAUUUCUUGUACUAGUGAAUUCUUUCAUAUUUAUACCAUUGAAUUCUCUCAUGAAAAUUUUAAUUAAAAUGUACACGUUCGUCCCCUACUAGAUACUGCAGUGUACUUGCAUAAUGUCGAUAGCCUGGAAAUUCGUCAAUGCAAUCAUCCAUGAUCACAUUCAACCUC